AUGACUGCAUCACCAUCUUUUAAACUCCAAGCUUUUUGUGAUUUGGAUUGGGGUUCAUGUCCAGAUUCUCGGAGAUCAGUGAGUGGUUUCUACAUCUCAUUAGGAUCUUCACCAAUUUUCUGGAAAUCAAAGAAACAAGCCUCAAUUUCUCUCAGUUCCGUCAAAGCAGAGUAUCGAUCGAUGCAGAGAGUUGUGGUGGAGCUUACCUGGUUAGUCCGCCUCUUCGAUGAUCUUUCAGCACCAAUCACACUUUCGGUUCUACUUCACUCUGACAGUCAGGCAGCUAUUCAUAUAGCUAAAAAUCUCGUCUUUCAUGAGAGGAAGAAAUAUGUUGAAAUUGACUGUCAUUUUGUGUGA